CUUGAUUUAAACAUUUAAUGUCAUAUAUGAAAAACUCAACGAAUUUAGUUUCUAUGAAGAAGAGCAUAAAUAUGAAAAAAUCUGUUAAUAAUAGUUUAAAUGGUCAAUCGGAUUCACCAAAGAGCAUAAAGACUGAACCAUCAAAAGAGGAUUUCUAUAUUUAAAUAUCUCCGCGUUUAGAAACCAAAAUGUUAACUUUUACCAAUUAAAUAAAAAAACUCAAAGUAAUCUAGCAUGAGGAGUAAGAAGUACAACAAUAAGUUAAAUCUCAAAGUUAACCUUCAAAAGAAAAGAUAAGAAAUAUCGUGUAAAAACUCAGGCAAGAAUAGCCAAAGAGUCAUUUUUAUAAUGAUAUGAAGAUUUCAAGAAGACUUAAAACUGAACAAUGAUUAUUAUAUUUCAUCUGUUUCUUUUUUAUAAACUCAC